UUCCUAGUGAUGAAGGAAGUUAGAGAUGUGAUAGGCAUAUAUGUAGGUCAGUUACCGUUACCUUGGUUAAUUACUUAGAUAUGUCGGGAUACAUAGCGCCCCUUGCACGUCUCCUGCACAGAGCGGAAGCGUCUGAUUACGGUUCUAAUGCCUUGCUGAUUUUUGGGCUCUGCCUGGAAGCGCACCCCAGGAGGUCUGGGCCUGCGAAACAAAACAAGAAUGGCCUUGCUAACGUUACCGCCUGCACUUUGCCCGCAAGUCGUGUCUCGUCAGAGAUGGGCGGGGUGUUAGUAGUGAGACAACUUCCCCUGCGCGGGGUAUUCCUAGGAUCUGCUUGGAAGCGUGAGGUAACAAGAGUCCUUGCAACUAGAUUCGAUACCUUCCAUUGUCCGUUGUUGGAUCCCCGCAAACGGCCAGCGCAUGGGUUUCUGACUGAUCAGCUGAGGUUCCAACCAUGUACUGUGGCAGUCGUUUCAGAUGCUGAGCUAAUCUGGCCGACAGGCGCUUCAAGCCGUGUCUCUCUCUCUCACAAUUCCCCCGUAGUUUCAUCCUUAAUAAAGACCACCAUUCAUGGUGGUACUGGACAGGAGUGCAAACAACACAGCUGACCUGAAAUAACUAAACCAAGAGGGGUUUUCAGUACCAGGCUUGACAAGCUUGACGUAGGAAACCUAGGUGACGGCGACUUACAUGUGUACCUCACCUUUGCAACUGCGGCGCGCAUUUGAUUGGCGACACUUGGUCCGGCAGUCCUGUCGCGACGGGUGGGUCUCUCGGAUAACGGAAA